AUGGAAUGUUCUUACCCAGAUCCAACCGGCGACGAGGAGAACCGUCCAGCCGGUCUGGGUUCUCCUCGCGACAGUGGUGAUGACGAAGCAGAUUCUUUCCUCCGUCGCAGCACCGCUACCGAUCCUGAACGUCGUCCACGUCCAGUAUCUUCUCUUCCGCCCGGUGCAGCGCCACCCCGUAUUGUAGGGAGCACGGGCUCCGACCGAACAAGAUCUUCCCAGGCUUCGACUGACUAUGGCGUCGUCCUGCCUGGCUCAGGAAACUUUGGACAGGCAUGCAGUGGUGAUGGCAUCCCUGCCCACGCCAGCAACGAGGUGCUAAGCCACAUCAUGCCUCCCGGAGAGCUCCUCCGCAUUGAAGAUAAUGAAGAGCUCGAAGACAUACCCCGACCGCGCAUGUAUAGCUCAAGUCAUCCUUCUCUGCCUGAGCACAUCGCCCCCCUACUUCCACCCCCACCUUUCGAGGGCACAGCUACCCGUAAACCUUCAGACCGCUCCCUACUUAAUGAAAAGGAAAAAUCCGUCCGCAGUGCCUCUUACCCAACGAGUGACCUGGAGGACUCAAAAGUCUUCACUGCUCGCCGCGUACGCGUCCAGGAGCUCGGUUCCCGCAGCCCGCAAGAUGACGACUCCACGAAUACCCAGCCUGUCGCAGGACCCGGCAGCUGGCGUAACUCCUUCUCUCGUCUGCGAAGGAGCUGGUUUGGAUCUUCGUCAUCUCGCAGCGGAUCAAACUCGCGCAGGGGAUCAGAUAAAGACGCCGAGGCAGUUCAAUCUUUGCUCGGCCGCAGGCUUGGUGUAGGCCAUACCCCUGCUGGAGAACGUCCGAUGUCAGGCGUGAGCGCUAAGAGCGCAGUAUCUGGAAAUACGGUGUACCAUGACGCAGUCUCCCGUAUGGGCACUCCAGUUUCCCUUCCUUCCAGAGCAAUCACGCCUGCGAGUCAGAGGGCAAGCGCAGUGCCUGCAACAGACUUUGCAUUUUCUAUGCCGAGUGGAGCACCACCAGCAUAUGAUGAUCCAUAUGAUUCGCUGGGUAGUAGGGGUCCCAGCCCAUUGUCUCCCACAGGCAUCGACGUUCUGGAUAUACCAGCACCAGCACCUUUCUCAUCUGCUUCGACGAGCGGGAAACCUUUGCCGCCAGGUCUUGUCCCAUUGUCCAGUCGCCAUGCAUGGAGAGACUCGUUGUCCGUUAUCACGGGCUCGUCAAAUGGCGCCGGUAUCACAAUCGAUGUUCUCGAUGCUGAGCCGCCACGAGCAGGUGAUGGUUGGAGGAACUUAGCUGGUGGCUUCCUUGGUGUCAGUGAAGGACCAGACCCAAGUGAACAGAGAACCCCGUUUGGAACUCCCCAAGUCAUCCAUCAAGGGAAUCCCUUGGUCUCUGAGCGAGGGUCUUUGCACUCUAUGCGUUCGCACCUAAGCCCCUACUCUGCACGUUCAUCUUCAGGAUCAGCACCCACAUCCUUCGCACGUGCUUUCAAUCUCUCAGGGUCCAAUUCCUCUCGUCCUUCUGCAAAUUCCGCCCACUCACGUGUAACAACUACGUCCUCUGCAUCGCUAAAUUCUAGUCGACCGUUUGGUCCUAUCUCACCAUCUGUGAGCGCGUUUGGAUAUGCAGAUCCCUCGCAGUAUAUGUCCCGCGCCACUGAGGAAUUUGAGGACCAGUUCGCAGAGCCAGGCAGCCGCACGUCGAUCCUUGGUCCUAUGCCCUCAUUCUCCACUCGUUCAGCGCUCUCCCAACCAACGAUCCGUAGUGUGGGUGGUACAACGGUAACGAGUGAUGAUACAGAGGUGACGAGAACGACUGUCACUUCUGGCUCUGAGGACGCGAUGAGCACGCCUACACCAUGGUUUCAAGAACGAAUCAGGGCCGAGAUUUGA